AUGUCUUCAUCGCACAAUCGUUCUUCAAGUACACGUCCAUCUCGACCUACACAAACUGUUGCACCAUUAGACAUACAACGAUCAGCAAGUGUUCCAAAUCGUCAAUUUAUUAUUAUUCUUACAAAUAAUCCUGAACUGUUACGACAAACUCGUCAAUUUCAACCUCAAAUACAACGAGAUACACAAAGACAGGCAAGUGCUGCGUCGAAUGGUAGAUCAACUAAUCGAGC